AUGGCCGUGCUGAGGGCCAACCCGGACGGCUCCGUGGCCAUCACCGGCGUCCUGGCCGACCUGCUGGCCACGCUGAGGGAGGUCACCAAUCUCACUUAUCGCUGCCACCGCGUUAAGGACGGAGGUUGGGGGUCAAAGGUCAACGGCCGGUGGAACGGGAUGGUCGGCGAGGUCAAGCGCGGAGAAGCUGACAUCGCGGUGGCGGCUUUGGACAUCACGCCGGAACGGAGCACAGCAGCCGAUUUCCUUGUUGGAAUGCUGUAUGGCAGAAUCGUCAUGCGGCGCCCAUCCAGCGCUGAUUUCGUGUGGACAGCCUAUACGAUGCAGUUUCAAAAGGACGUUUGGAUGCUUCUGGGCAUCACCGCCGGGACACUGAUGGUCUCUAUGCUUCUGGUCUCCCGCUGGUCCCGGACCGAAAUAUCUUUUUCAGUUUCCGAUGUCUUCAUCAUUGUUGCAGGAUGUUUGUUCGGUCAGGGUUCUAGUAUAGCCUUGAAGUCCAAUGCCGGCCGGGUGCUCCAUCUCUCCUGCCUGCUCCUCCAGAUCCUCCUCAUGGCCCAUUACACCAGCGACCUCAUCUCGGGGCUGGCCAUGGGUCCCCCCCUCCCCUCGGUCAACACCAUCGAUGAUAUUAAUCGUAACAGCAAACUGACUCUCGGCUGGCGUAAAGGCUCCUCCCUCGGUGAGAUCUUCAAGACCUCCGUGAGCCCCGCCUACAGGAGAGUGUGGGAAAAGGCCGAGGAGGGCGCCAUGGGGGCCCUGACGCUGUCCAUGGAGGAGGCCGCAGCGAGAGUCCUUGAGGAGCCUUACCUCUUCAUCUCCUCCGAAGUAGCCAUCCUGUACACCUUCGGCCAGGACUGCCAGGUGUACAUCCUACCGACGUCCUACUUCCCUGUGCAGCAGUCCUUCGCCCUCAGGAAAGGGUCGCCGCUCGUCCCCGUCUUGAAUAAAGUGAUUCUGGACAUCUGGUCGACGGGCAUGAUAAACAAGUGGAAGACGAAGUGGUCACCCGCCACGAGCGACUGCAAUAUCCUGGAGACGAAGCCCAUCAUCCUCAAGACGCUGCUCACCGUCUUCCUCGUCCUGGGAUCCGUCGCGGUGAAUGCGGUUGCGGUCCUGCUGGUGGAGCGAAGGAUACAUGAUAUAAUGCGGCCGCAUAUCAGGGUUCCAUAUUACCGCAGAUUAAACGAAUGCGAUAUUAGAAUCAAGAUUUCAGCAUUGAUUGGAGUUAGUAAUCAAUGA